AUGCCGCAAGCAGCGUCUUUUACAUUCCGUAGCAACUGCGACUGGGUUGAUGGCAGCGAGAGCCGCAACACAAUCAACGGCUAUUUCGGCCUGGGUGAAGAACACAUCCGCAAGCAAACCUUCGUCAUCAGCUCUGAUCACCCGGCGGUGUUUUCGGCCACUGACAGAGCACCAACACCCCCGGAAAUCGCGUUAUCCGCAUUGGCAAGCUGCCUGACCGGCGGCAUAGCUGCGGUUGCACAGCAUCGUGGCAUCCAGUUGCACAAAGUUCAGGCCGUUGUCGAAGGCGAUAUGGACAUGCGUGGUAUUCUGGGCAUGGAUCCCGACAUUCGCAACGGCUUCAGUGCCGUCCGUGUGACGUUUAACAUCGACGCGGAUGCGAGCGAUGACGAUAUCCGUGCUUUGGUCGCUCAGUCGCAGAAAAGAUCGACUGUUUUUGAUCUGAUGACCAACCCCACCAACGUGCAUGUUGUCGUUGCCUAG